CAUCUCUUUAAUCUGCACUGUUUGGACACAGAGAGAGAGGAAGAUGAGACUCGCCGCUCUGGUUGUGGUGUGCGGGCUGAUUGUUGGUCAGGACGGAGGGAGCGUGGCAGCAGCUCUGCCGGGGUCUGACGCUGCACAGAGGUCACGUGCAACAGGAUCAGUCCUCUCUGCACUCAGGAGAAGAACUGCAGGAGAGUUUUUGGCGGAGGAUCCCAACCUGUGUUUCUCCCUGAGAGAGAAUGAAGACCAGCGGCAGCUCCUGUGCAACGACCGCAGGAGUAAAUUCAACUUCAACCCGUUCGGCCUCCGCUUCGGGAAACGCUACAACGGCUACAUUUAUAGAAGAGCCAUUAAAAGAGCCAGGACAAAUAAGUUCUCACCCCUUUCUCUCUUCUCACGAGAACUGGAGGUGCCUACCUGAAACAGAUGUGCGUCUUCCACUCUUCCAUACUAUGUGUUAAAAAGGCCUUUUACUUCAGAUAAAUGAUAUUCUGUGAAUAAAACUUUUGUACCUAC